AUGACAAUUCUCACCCCGAAGACCAAGGAACUGGCAUGGGACUCCUACCAACUCCUGAAUGUGUCCAUUCCUAAGAGGGGGCUCUCCCGCUCUCCCGCCAGCCCCCCCGUACCACUCGGGGCGCCUGCCUUGGGUGACUUCAUAGCCGGGCACCUGCGCUCCGCGCCAGGUGACCCGAGGUUGCGGAGCCAGCACGUGAGGGCAGUCCCCGGAGACCCCGUCCCGGACGGCCCGCCAAAGCCGAAGUCCCGGCUGGAGGCGGAGCGCCGGCGGCCGCGAUCGCGGCUGCUGACAGCUUCCAGAGGCUGGAAGGUACCGAGGCGGAGCCAGGGCGCCCUCCUCGAGCGGGGCCGCGACCCAGGCCACUUUCUGGUUUUGGCUGGACCGAAAAGACGGUGCAGCCUGCCGGGUCGCCGCUGCCGGGAAGGACAGCUGUACGGUGUCCUCGGGGCCUGCGGGCCCUGUGUGCUGACCACAUCUCGCCGACCCAUCUCCUCCUGUUUCCGCGAACCGGCCCCCGAGCCUCUUUCGCGACGCUCCCCGGCCCCGCUGCUGACCUGGCCGGAGGCUGAGCCUAGCGGCCUGCGCCGUCCCGCGGCCCGGGUCCUUCCGGGGGCCGGGCUGAGAGCGCCGGGCUCCCAGGGCCAGGAGAGCAGCCAACGUCCUCCUUUUCUCUUCACCCCUUGGCAUCUGGACCCAGGAAUGGACCCUUUCUUCUUUUCCCCAGGCCCCUCCCCUGGUAAGAAAAACAGCAGUUAUCCUGAGUGUGUGUUGCUGGUGUAGAUAACUGACUUAGCAGGUUUUGUUUGAGCCUCACAAUGACCUUGCUAGGUAGGUGUUAUCAUUUCCAUGACACUCAGGCAGGGCAGUGAUUCACCUAAGGUCACCCAGCAAGCACGUGGUAGAGCCAGAAGUGCCACCCAUGCCUGGUGACUCCAUAGCCUGGGAAGCUGGAAGCUUGUAGAGAAAUGGGAAUUUCUGGGACUUUAUAACUGAAAAGGCCAAGGGGUAGGAUUGGUGUCAGGUGUGGCUGAAUCCUGGGGCUCAAAUGGGUUCUUUGUGUGUUGGCUUUACUCUCAGGUGGGUCCCCAGUUAGGGGACUAAAGUGGUGUGUGUCUGACUGACUUCUCAGCUGGAACAUAGUAUCUGUCUCCUGAGGAUGAAAGCCAAAGGCUCAGGGCAGAUUGUCAUUGGCCAGGGCAAUGGUGUGCCCUGAUUGGGCAGGCUUAGGUCACAGGCACUUCUCUGGUUGUGAGGGGGCAGAGCCAGCCAUGCCUGCCUGGCAGACGAAGUGGGAGCUGGAGUUUCCCUAGGGACAGUGGGGUCUUCCUUCUGGCUGACCCUCUGCGAUAUCGCACUGCUGCCUCCGGUUGAAGCCACUGUCCCCUCUCGAGGUACUGUUACCAUACCUCACAGUCUCCCUUCUCCCGUUCUGCACUCUCUGUUCUCUCCCCAGAGUGCUCUUUGUCUGGCUUUCCCCCAUGGCUGAGACUUUCUCAUUUAGACCUCUGUCUGGCCAACCACUCCAAAGCAGUGUCUGUAUAUUCCCUGGGCUGCAUGCUUAGCCCCUGAAACAAGGCCAACAUGAGAAGACAGAAGAUGACCUCUGUCUGUUGCCUGGCAGUCUGUGUAAGCAGCCUAGGACAGCCAUGGAGGGAUCCCAUUAGCUUCUUCCUCGUUGCUUUAUUAUCCUCAGUACAGGUUUCCUAUCUUGUGGUCCAAUGUGGCUGUUCUUGCUCCCGCCAUCACAUCCACAUUCCAGCCAAGGGAGAAGGGCACACCCUGAAAGUGGCAAGCCUCACUCUGCUCAUGUCCAGUUGUACAGAACUGAGCCACAUGGCCGCAGCCAGCUGCAGGAAAAGCUGGGAAAAGCCCCGCUGUUCUGGGAAGGGUGAAGUCAGCCCUCCGAUUAGGCCCAUCCUCUCCCUUCCUUCCGGCCAGAGCUGACACCGGCAUCUCAUGGCUGAGGCACGUGGAGAGGAUGUCCCUCCCCCGCCCCCCCAGCGCUGGGCUCAAGGACGGUGUUGGUGACACACGAGCAGUGUUCACGUGGCACUGCGAAGGCUGUGCUGCAGCAAGGCCUUGUCACUGAGGCAGUGAGUUUACUUUCUAAAAUUUGCCAAAGCUGGGAACGGUGGCACACACCUGCAAUCCUGGCAGUAGAGGGCUAGGCAGGAGGAUCCCAAGUUCAAACCCAACCAAGGCUUAGCCACAUGGUGAGACCCUGUCUGAAAGUAUAAAAAAGGCCUGGAUGCAAGAGCCCAGGGUUCAGUCCUCAGUACCACAGAAACAUUCCCGAGGUAAGAAUACCUGCGAGGUGGGAACCCUAGGUGCCGUCGCCCGGGCUGUCGCGCAGUGAGCAGCCUGCCUACCCGCUGCCCUGUGCCGGGCCCCCAGCGGGGAAGCCCGUUGUCUUUAGGGAGCGCACCGCCCUCAGGCCUGGCUCUCCCCUGCGCUUGCCUGGGGCUGAGGACCCUUCUUCUCUUGCCUGCCACCUAGUGGCCGGCUGUGGGAACGCGGCGCCGUUUCCUGGCGUCUGCUGUAGGACUGGAGACCCACACCUGAGUGCACUCUGUCAAGCCAGCAUCCCAGACGUCCACACCCGCCAGGCCCCGCCCUGCUCACCCUGCUCUGGACUCGCCAGGCCUCUGCUCCUGUCUCCCCAGCAUCCCCUGACCUGCGGGUCCGUGUCCCUGUCUUCCAGCCAC